CUCACCCAGCAGCUGCCCUUGUUCACCCACCACCGUAUUCCCUUCUAGGGAGUAGCCCAGUCCUUUCCAUACCUUUUUUCUCAACUAUAUUUUUUAAUCCUGGAUUAGUCUAUAUGUCACCUCUCUCGCCGGCCUACUCUACCCUGGCCGCGGGUGGGCGUGCUGGCGCCUCAGCAGACGCGUCGUCUACUGCCAACGACGGGGUGCAGACCUCAGAAUGGCUACCUCCUUCGCCACCGUCGUCCAGCAGAUCGUCUGCCUGCUCAUCAGUCUACAACUCUGAAGAUGAGAAUCUAGACGAAGACGAAGCGCAGGAAGAAGAAGAGGAAGACAGCUACGAAAGCAAGUACAAGGACGAGCGAGGCCACAUCAGCACCAGAUCCUCUGGCGUGUUAGGAUCCUCAACAACAACGGCUACAACAGCUCGACGACGCAAGUUGCGAUCGCGUCGACGCGUAGCGGCACGGUCGACAGUUACAGUUCUGGACGGGAUCAAGGACGGCUAUAAUCUCGGAUUCCGCAAGAAAUGCGUCGAGUCGGUGCUCAUACUCGGUCUGCUUGCGCUCGCGGUAUCGCACAAUCUGCCGACUGUCAUGGACAAUUCGUCGUUUGUGUCUCAAUGUGCUUUGAUUAUAAUAUCAGUGCUGUACGCUCGCAGAGGGGAGUGGAGCAUGCCAUCGAUCCUAUACAUAUAUCUGUUUCCGACCGCACUCACGCUCGCAGACUAUCCGCAGUACUUGCGCCUCAACUUAUUACUUUCAGUAUGCUCGCUACCGCUGCCGUCAGAAAUACUCUCAAACGUCGCCGUCUUACUUGAACCGACCUCUCCGAGUGUAUACUACCUCUACACAAGUCUGACGAGCAUAGUCGGCUCUCUCGUCACCACGUCGCUCUCCCCAACCGAAACAUCGCUCGCGGGCACUCUGCUUGUCAAUCUUCUGCUGAACGCGCGGUCGAUGGACAUAAUAUUUCUCCGCGCGUUUGUAUUUGGAUCGCUGUUUAGCUUACUGCCUGCUGUGCCGCUGGUAAAAAGAGUCAUGAAAAUUUCCGUUCUGCCGAGGCACCGGAGGCCGAAGAAUUCGGGCAAGAAGAAGAUGACGUAUGCGCUUGGUGUCUACGGCAUUUUUGUCGCGAACGUACUUGUCUUUGUGCGGUAUGCACUUUCGGUUCAGCUUGGGAUGGAUCCGUUUGUUUACAUGAUUGAUUACCUUUUCCUGGCCGACGACUCAUCGCGACGGCUGCGCAUGCUCAUGUACUGGUCCGCCUGGCUAGUGCUCGGGGUACCGACGAUCAACCAUCUCUCGCCAAACUGGACGAUUGACAUCCGCCGGAAAGUAUGGCACGGCAUGGUAGUCGGCAUGUUUCUCUUCGGCGGAGUCGGCCGAGAUGCAACCUUCACCUCGCUCUCGCUCGCAAUCGCGCUCACGCUCUUCCUCCUCACCGAGUUUGUGCGCGCGACCACUAUGCCCCCUCUCGGCGCGGCUAUCCAUGCGGCGUUGAAGAAAUAUACAGACGAGCGAGAUACAUGCGGACCGGUUAUUGUGUCGCAUAUUUUCUUACUUCUCGGCAUCGCCUUGCCGAUCUUCUGGUCCGGUUCUCCAGCCGGCAUCAUCUGCCUUGGCUUCGGCGACGCGUGCGCCUCAAUCGUCGGACGACGAUACGGCGCGCACAGAUGGUUUGACUCGAAAAAGACUCUGGAAGGCUCAGCCGGCUUUGUGGUCGCGGCGUUUUCGGGGCUUAUGUUAGCGAAGCACGUCCUCCCGGGCUACGACUCUAUUCUCGGAUCCGCGGAAACGUCAGUCGUAUGGGCGCUUGUAACUGCCGUAUCGACUGCCGUGUUGGAAGCCACGAGCGGCAUGAACGAUAACGUUAUUGUCCCUGUGUAUAUGUACGUCGUUCUUCGACUCGGAGCCGAGAAUCUUACGCGUGCGAGCGUUGUGGGCCAGGCUCUUGGGUUCUGAUGUACUCUACCGUCUCCUUUUGUUUUUGUCUUGAUCCGUGUUGUAACUUGUGCGAACCAUAUCGUCCAGGGUACGAAGCGACGCAGUCUGUUUGUAAAUUCAUGUUCUUCGUUUUGGUAAAAUUUUGGUAGGACUGGGGCUGGGUUUUACAUUGUUAUGAAGGAAUAAUGGUUGAGAAAAGAAGAACAGUUAUAGAAUUCUGGUUUGUCUUUGUUUUUGUUGUAUAGGGAAGGGUUUGCUGUUUUUUAUAAUCGAUGUUUUCAAUGGGCACUCAUUUUGAAC